AUGAUGAAAAUUGUGCCCCUCGGCGCUGGUCAAGAUGUCGGAAGAAGCUGUAUUAUAGUAACUAUGGGCGAUGAUAGCACAGGAACAAAGAACAUUAUGUUUGAUUGCGGAAUGCAUAUGGGAUAUAACGACAAGAGAAGGUUCCCAGACUUUUCUUAUAUAUCAAAAACUGGCGGCAACUUUACAGAAAUGUUGGAUUGUAUUAUUGUUUCUCACUUUCAUUUGGAUCAUUGUGGAGCUCUUCCUUAUUUCACCGAGAUGUGUGGCUAUGAUGGCCCAAUAUAUAUGACCUAUCCUACGAAAGCAAUCUGUCCCAUACUAUUAGAAGAUUACCGUCGUAUUACGGUAGAGAGAAAAGGUGAAACAGACUUUUUCACUGCUCAGAUGAUCAAAGACUGUAUGAAAAAAGUGACAGCUGUGAAUCUUCAUCAGACUGUCAAAGUCAAUGGCGAUGAUGACUUUGAGAUCAAGGCAUAUUAUGCUGGACACGUAUUGGGCGCGGCUAUGUUUAGCGUGCGGGUCGGUCAGCAGACGGUCGUCUACACCGGUGAUUAUAAUAUGACACCUGACAGACAUCUCGGUGCUGCGUGGAUUGAUAAGGUGAGGCCGGACGUAUUGAUAACGGAGAGCACUUACGCAACAACCAUCAGAGACUCAAAGAGAUCACGCGAGCGUGAUUUUUUGAAGAAAGUUCAUGACUGUGUUAACAGUGGAGGGAAGGUUCUUAUCCCUGUCUUUGCACUAGGCAGAGCCCAAGAACUAUGUAUACUCAUUGAGACGUAUUGGGAGCGGAAUAAUUUGACUGUACCAGUAUACUUUUCAGCAGGAAUGACAGAGCGUGCCAAUGAGUAUUAUAAAUUAUUCAUCAAUUGGACAAACGAGAAAAUCAAAUCAACAUUUGUACAUAGAAAUAUGUUUGAUUUCAAACAUAUUCAAGCAUGGAACCGAGCAUACUUGGACAAGGAAGGGGCAGCAGUGCUCUUUGCGUCUCCGGGAAUGUUGCAUGUGGGCACAAGUUUAGAAGUGUUUAAGAAAUGGGCACCCGAUCCAAAGAACAUGGUCAUAAUGCCCGGUUACUGUGUAGCAGGGACAGUCGGCGCAAAAGUACUGGCCGGUGAGAAGAAAAUACACGUCGAUGCGUUUACCGUCAUUGAUGUCAAGUUGCAAGUCAGGAAUCUGUCGUUUUCGGCACAUGCGGAUGCAAAAGGCAUAAUGCAACUGAUUAAACAAUGCGAACCAAGGAAUGUGGUAUUGGUACACGGUGAAAAGUCAAAGAUGGAAUUCUUGCAGGAGAAGAUAAAGAGAGAGUUUCCUGAAGUGGAUGGAUGCUUUUUUCCUGCAAACGGUACCACAAUUUCCAUAGAUACUAGUCUUAACAUUCCUGUAGAUGUUAGUGUAGGAUUGCUUAAGAAAUAUCUGGCCGAGAAGAACUCACAAACGAGAGCGAACAUCAGCCUGUGGAGCCUUAAUAAAGUAAAGCCGUAUAAUAGUGUUCCAAUAUCAGGUAUGCUCGUAAUGCAACCGAAUAAACCAGUUCGUUUACUUACUCCCACUGAAGGUGCAUCUCAAAUUGGUCUGCAACUACAUGAAUUGACUUUUGAUGUGUGGAAGACUAUUGAUGAUCAAGUAUUUUGGAAGAAAUGGGGCUCACGAGUGAGUGGGCUUGGGAGAGAACUACGAUAUGCUGCAUUAAAGGUUGUAGAAGAUGCGCUGAUGAAGAGAUUUGGUGAUGAUCUAUUGAUUACUAGAGAAAAGACAAGGAUUGUUGUUAGGACAUUUGUUGUAGCAAUUGUAUCAGAUACUGCAAAUAAGUUAAAGAUAACAUGGAAUUAUAGAGAUGAGGAAUUAGCUAAUGCGCUGAUGGCUAUUGUUGAUGAUGUACUUCCAUGA